CCGGGGAGGAACAAAACCACUAAAACAAUUGACAGUCUGGGUUUUAUGUUUCCCCAAGUGUCUACGAAAUGUCUACGAAGGCAGAGCAGUUUGCCUCUAAGAUACGAUACUUGCAAGAGUAUCACAACCGUGUGCAACACAAUAUUUAUCCUGUGCCCUCCGGAACAGACAUUGCAAACACACUGAAAUACUUUUCUCAAACCCUGCUCAGCAUUCUGUCCCGCACAGGCAGGAAGGAGAACCAGGAAGCUUCCAAUUUGGCCGUGCCCAUGACCAUGUGUCUUUUUCCUGUGCCAUUCCCACUCACCCCAUCUCUAAGACCACAAGUCAGUUCCAUCAACCCUACAGUUACUCGCUCCCUCCUUUACAGCGUUCUGCGCGAUGCCCCGUCAGACCGCGGGGGGCAGGGGCAGCAGAGUCGGGACGCUCAGCUCUCAGAGUACCCCUCUCUGGACUAUCAGGGCCUCUAUGUGACCCUCGUGACCCUGCUUGACCUGGUGCCCCUGCUGCAGCACGGUCAGCAUGAUCUGGGACAGUCCAUAUUUUACACAACAACUUGCCUCCUGCCCUUUCUCAGUGAUGAUAUUCUCAGCACUUUGCCCUAUACUAUGAUCUCCACUUUAGCUACAUUUCCCCCUUUCCUCCACAAAGACAUCAUUGAGUACCUGAGCACCUCUUUCCUCCCCAUGGCUAUAUUGGGAUCCACUCGGAGGGAGGGGGGAGUCCCAGCCUAUGUCAAUCUGUCUGCCUCUUCUAUGCUCAUGAUUGCAAUGCAGUACACCUCAAAUCCAGUAUAUCACUGUCAGUUGUUGGAAUGUCUCAUGAAGCACAAACAGGAAGUGUGGAAGGACCUUCUUUAUGUCAUAUCCUAUGGACCAUCCCAAGUAAAGCCACCAGCUGUGCAGAUGCUGUUCCAUUACUGGCCCAAUCUGAAGCCACCAGGAGCCAUCAGUGAAUACAGAGGGCUGCAGUACACAGCCUGGAACCCAAUCCAUUGUCAACACAUCGAGUGCCAUAAUGCCAUCAAUAAACCUGCUGUCAAGAUGUGUAUAGAUCCCACACUUUCUGUUGCCCUGGGAGACAAACCCCCGCCUCUUUAUAUAUGCGAAGAGUGCAGCCAACGAAUAGCAGGAGAUCAUGCUGAAUGGCUUGUUGAUGUACUCCUGCCCCAAGCUGAAAUAUCUGCAAUUUGUCAAAAGAAGAACUGUAGCUCUCACGUUAGGAGGGCUGUGGUCACCUGCUUCUCGGCUGGCUGCUGUGGGCGCCAUGGCAACCGGCCUGUCCGCUACUGCAAGCGUUGCCAUGUCAACCACCACAGCAGUGAGGUGGGGGCUGCGGCGGAGACCCAUCUGUACCAGACCUCGCCCCCUCCCAUCAACACCCGGGAGUGUGGAGCAGAGGAGCUAGUUUGCACUGUGGAAGCUGUCAUAAGCCUUCUCAAGGAGGCAGAAAUUCAUGCAGAACAGCGUGAGUUUGAGCUGAACAGGCGUCGUCAGAUGGGCCUGUCUGCCUCCCACCACUCUCUGGACAACAUCGAGUUUGACAACAAGGAGGACGACCAGCACGACCAGCGCCUUCUCAGUCAGUUUGGCAUCUGGUUCCUGGUAAGCCUGUGUACCCCCAAUGAGAACACACCCACAGAGAGUCUGGCACGGCUGGUCAGCAUGGUGUUCCAGUGGUUUCACUCCACCGCCUACAUGAUGGAUGACGAGGUUGGAAGCCUGGUGGAGAAGCUGAAGCCUCAGUUUGUCACCAAGUGGCUAAAAACAGUGUGUGACGUGCGCUUUGACGUCAUGGUUAUGUGUCUGCUGCCUAAACCUGUGGAAUUUGCCAGGGUGGGAGGUUACUGGGACAAGUCAUGCAGCACAGUGACCCAGCUGAAGGAGGGCUUGAACCGGAUCCUGUGCCUCAUACCUUACAACGUCAUUAGUCAACCACUGUGGGAGUGCUUUAUGCCUGAGUGGCUAGAAUCCAUCCGCACCGAGGUGCCUGACCACCAGCUCAAAGAGUUCAGAGAAGUGCUUAGCAAGAUGUUUGAUAUUGAGCUGUGUCCCCUUCCCUUCUCUAUGGAAGAAAUGUUUGGCUUCAUCAGCUGCAGAUUCUCUGGCUACCCAGCGUCUGUGCAAGAGCAGGCUCUGUUGUGGUUGCAUGUGCUUUCAGAGCUGGACAUUGUAGUGCCUCUUCAGCUGCUGAUUGGGAUGUUCUCAGAUGGCGUGAACUCUCUGAAGGAGUUGGCCAAUCAGAGGAAGGCACGCGUCUCAGAUUUAACUGGCAACACUGGGGCUCGCAGGGUGAGUGUGGUGUCAGAUCCAGGACGUCGCGGGCAGCACAACACCCUCAGUCCAUUUCCCAGCCCCUUCAGGAGCCCUUUCCGCAGCCCUUUGCGCUGCAGUCCAUUUAAAAACCUUGGUCACGCCGCCGGCCACUGCGCCCUGGACCUGGACUGUGAUGACGAUGACAUGAACCUCGGCUGCUUUAUCCUCAUGUUUGACCUCAUAUUAAAGCAGAUGGAGCUCCAGGAUGACGGUGUGAUGCUGGGUCUAGACAGUAGCCUGGGGAAGGAUAUCGUGGGCAUCAUCAACAACGUCUUCCAGGCCCCAUGGGGGGGCUCACACACCUGCCAGAAGGAUGAGAAGGCCCUGGAGUGCAGCCUGUGCCAAUCCAGCAUCCUGUGCUACCAGCUGGGCUGUGAGCUCCUGGAGAGGUUGACCCCCCGGGAAGAGAUACGCCUGGUGGAACCCACAGACAGUUUGGAGGAAACUUUACUCUUUCCACAGACAGAUUUUUCCUUUGGGACGGAGAAUGGAAGUGAGGAAGGAGACAACCCGAGUGGCAUACACAUUGACAACCCCAGCAACCACUCUCCUGAUAACGCACCCAUGAAGAAUAACUCUGAUAAGAAGUUCUCCUACCAGCAGCUCCCUGUGUCUUUGAAGCUUAUAUACACCAUUCUGCAGGAAAUGUCCAAGUUUGAGGAGCCUGACAUCUUGUUCAACAUGCUCAACUGUCUGAAGAUCCUGUGUCUCCAUGGAGAGUGUUUAUACCUUGCCCGUAAGGAUCAUCCCCAGUUUCUGGCCUACGUCCAGGAGAAGAUGCUCAUCCCAAGUCUGUGGUCCAUGUUGAAGUCAGAGUUUUGCCAGCUGGCCUCCCUGGCUGUGCCUCAGCUACUCCACGCCCUCUCUCUGUCCCACGGGGCGGACAUCUUCUGGAACCUCAUCAACACAAACUUUAACAGCAAAGACUGGAAAAUACGAUUCGAAGCAGUGGAGAAGGUGGCGGUGUUGUGUCGGUUCCUGGACAUUGGUGCGGUGACGAAGAACCACUUGCUAAAGUACUCCCUGGCUCAUGCUUUCUGCUGCUUCCUGGCCUCCGUGGAGGACGUUAACCCAGCUGUCGCCACCCGCGCCAGACUCCUGCUGGACACCAUCAAGAAACCGGCCCUGCAGGGCUUGUGUCUCUGCCUGGAUUUCCAGUUUGACACUGUUGUGAGAGAUAGGCCCAUCAUACUCAGCAAACUGUUGCUGCUGCACUUCCUGAAGAAAGAUGUUCCUGCACUUAGCUGGGAGUUCUUUGUCAACCGCUUUGAAACAUUAUCUCUGGAGGCUCAGCUGCACCUGGACUGCAACAAGGAGUUCCCUUUCCCGACUACCAUCACAGCUGUACGAACGAAUGUAGCCAAUCUCAGCGAUGCAGCAAUGUGGAAGAUACGACGGGCCCGAUUUGCCAGGAAUCGACAGAAGAGUGUGCGGUCCCUCCGUGACAGUGUGAAAGGAGGCCCGACAGAGUCUAAACGGGCAUUUUCACUCCCUGAGUCACUGAGCAACCGACUUCCUCUAAGGCUUACGAGGCAAGAGCACUCUGCCCCGACACUGGGAGAUAUGAUAGAGAAAACCCCGUCUCCUGAGGAUGACGCUGUCAUCAGAGACCUGCUUCCCGAGGAUGCUGGCAUAGAUCACCAGACUGUUCACCAGCUAAUCAUGGUGCUCAUGAAAUUUAUGACCAAAGACAAGAGCAGUGCUGAGACAGACAUUGGCAGUGCUAAGGCUUUCAACACUGUGAAGCGUCACCUGUAUGUGCUGCUGGGCUAUGACCAACAAGAGGGCUGCUUCAUGAUCGCACCUCAGAAGAUGCGCACCUCUACCUGCUUCAACGCAUUUAUCGCCGGCAUUGCACAAGUCAUGGACUACAAUAUUGGUUUGGGGACGCAGCUACUCCCCCUGGUGGUCCAGGUGUUGAAAUACUGCACAUGUCCUCAGCUGAGACACUAUUUCCAGCAGCCACCUCGGUGCUCUCUCUGGGCCCUGAAGCCGCACAUCAGACAAAUGUGGCUCAAAGCUCUGCUAGUUAUCCUUUAUAAGUACCCAUAUAGAGACAUGGAUGGCAGUAAAGUGAUCCUCCAUCUGAUCCACAUUACCAUCAACACCCUGAAUGCCCAGUAUCACAGCUGUCGUCCCCACGCCACAGCAGGUCCCCUCUAUAGUGACAAUUCCAACAUGAGCCGCUACAGCGAGAAAGAAAAAGAGGAAGACAGUGUAUUUGAUGAGUCAGACGUCCAUGACACGCCGACUGGUGCUGCUAACAAGGAGUCACAGACCUUCUUUGCCCGUCUGAAGAGAAUUGGUGGCAGCAAAUCUGUCAAGUACCAGCCAGUGGAGCUGAAUGCCAAGAAAAGUGAAAUUGAGCUGUCAGAGUACCGUGAAGCCAGCGCCCUUCAGGACAGCAUUCUGCACUGUGUGAGAGAGGAGAGCACCAGGAAGAAGCGGCUCCAGGCAAUGCACAAGCAGAAGUCUCUGGACAUUUCCAACACGGACUCCAUCCUCUUCAAUCUGGAUGAACAUCGACGCAAGUCCUGCAUCGACCGUUGUGACCUGCAGGUGCCCCCUGUGGUCCUGCCCCCAUCCUCCGCCACAUCCCAUGGCAGGCAUCGCGGCAAAGGAUCGUCUGAUGGCUCCUCAGUUCGGGUUGAGGGUUGUGAUCCUGUGGACCGGCGAGGGUCUCGAGGCGGCCAGUCUGACAUCUCCAAGCCUGUCAUCCCAGAGGUUCGCCUCAGCUGCAUGGAGACCUUUGACGACAAGCUAGACCAGGGCUCUCUAGGGGGAUCAGUUCAGGGGAAGGAGGACCCAGACCUCAUUGACCUGUCCUCUGACUGCACCUCCAUUCCGGAGAAACACUCACUGCUCUCUAUGUCUGACAGCGACUCCUUGGUGUUUGAACCGUUGCCUCCUCUGAGGAUUGUGGAGAGCGAUGAGGAAUUUGAUCUGAACACCAUCAUAGGUUCCAAAUUCAAUGGGAGUCCAAAGGUCUUGGCUUCCCCCGCAAGUAGUAACACUCUGCGACUGUCCCCUGUGGUCCAGGUAAGUGUGGAGGACUGUUCUAGUGACAAAAAGACUCCAGACUUCCCACAAUCGGUUGUGGAAAAGAGGCAGAACCGUGUGACUCCUUGCACAUCCCUGGACCUCCCUGACCGAUUGGAAAACAUCUGCCAUGAAAGCCCCAUGACCCUGAAACAGAAGAGAGACCUGCUGAGGAAGAUCCCACAUGUCCCGGACACCUCACUAGACGACACAUCUGUGACCUCUGAGGAUGUGAGGACUGGAAUGGGAGUAGGGACAAGUCCAUCGAGCAGGACUAUCUUUUUGGACAUUCCAGAAGACAAAGCGGAGCCUCCAUCCUCACCGGAAAAAAGUAAAAGUAACAGCAACGAUGAAGAGGAAUAUGGUGAUGAUGAAGAGGACGACGAUAUGGGGGAUGAAAGUGACCCCAAACCUGACGAUGGGGACGACAACGAUGAGGCAGAGUUUAAGAUCCAGAUUGUUCCUCGACAACGUAAGCAAAGGAAGAUAGCCGUCAGUGCCAUCCAGAGGGAAUACUUGGAUAUCUCAUUCAACACAUUCGAUAAGUUGGGUGGUGAGCAGGCUGCAGAAACUGAUCACAAAGUUCUGUCUACCUUGGAAAAGCCACGAGAAUCUGCCUCAGCCCCAACGCUUGAAGCUGCUAUGCCUGAAACAAGCCACCGCUCUUCAGUAUCAACUCAGUACCGUCAGGUGAAGCGAGGCUCUCUGGGAGCUUUGACUAUGAGCCAGUUAAUGAAGAGACAGCUCGAACAUCAAUCCAGUGCGCCGCACAACAUCAGCAUCUGGGAGACGGGUCAGUCGCUGCUGCAGCACCUAAUAACCGAAUCUCACCAAAAGCUUUCUUUCAUUGAUUUUAAUAACUUUUUCUCUACAGGUCAUACAAAGACCAGUCUGCUUUCUGCCCCAAGCACAGUCAGCAUGUUUGUCCCCGCACCUGAGGAGUUCAUUGAUGAACAGCCUACCACAAUGUCCGACAGGUGUCGGGACUGUGCAGCCGUGCUGGAGGAAUAUGACGAGGAGACUCUCGGUCUUGCAGUAGUGGUUCUCUCUAUGUUCAUCCACCUCAGCCCUGAUUUGGCCGCUCCGAUGCUUCUUGACAUCAUGCAGUCUGUGGGCAGGUUGGCAUCCAGUGCCAAUUUUUCUGGACAAGCUGAGAGUAUGUUGAUCCCGGGGAAUGUAGCAGGUGUGGCCAAGCAGUUCCUUCGCUGUAUGUUCCACCAACUGGCCCCUAAUGGCAUCUUGCCCCAACUCUUCCAAAGUAACAUCAAAGAUGGAAGUUUUCUGAGGACUCUUGCAUCUUCGCUAAUAGAUUUCAAUGAACUGAGUUCUGUUGCAGCCCUCAACAUGCUGCUGGAGGGCCUGAACAACAAGAAGAGUCUGCCAGCAGGGGGCACUAUGCUGCACUGCCUAGACAAUAUUGCCACCUUCAUGGAGGCUCUCCCUAUGGACUCUCCUAGCAACCUGUGGACGACCAUCUGCAACCAGUUCCAGACCUUCCUUACAAAACUGCCCUCUGUGCUUCCUCUGAAGUGCCCAAUGGAUUCCAGUUUGAGGAUAAUAAUUUGUCUCCUGAAAAUCCCAACCACAAAUGCAACUCGGAGCCUCCUGGAGCCUUUCUCCAAGCUGCUGAGCUUUGUCAUCCAGUACGGCAUGUUCAGUCUCUCCUAUCUAGUAGAACUAUGUGGACUCUGUUACAAAGCAUUCAACAAGGAGAGAGAUAAGUUCUACAUGUCCCGCAUUGUGGUGUUAGAGCUUCUGCAGGCUCUCAAGUUCAAGUCUCCUCUGCCUGACACAAACUUGUUACUAUUGGUCCAGUUCGUUUGUUCAGAUAUUGGUACACGGCUAGCAGAAUCUACCAUCAUCCAAAAGCACAUGAUCUCAACGCUGCCAGGGUGCACAACUGCAGCAAUGGAAUGCAUGAGACAGUACAUAAGUGAGCUGCUGGACUUUAUUGCAGAUAUGCACACGCUAACCAAACUUAAAAGCCAUAUGAAGGCUUGCUGUCAGCCGCUGCAUGAGGACACUUUUGGGGGGAACCUUAAAGUGGGCUUGGCACAAGUCGCAGCCAUGGAGAUCAGUAAAGGCAAUCACCGUGAUAACAAAGCUGUGGUUCGUUAUCUUCCCUGGCUUUAUCAUCCUCCCUCCACCAUGCAACAAGGGCCCAAAGAAUUCAUCGAAUGUGUGUCCCACAUCCGUCAGCUGUCCUGGCUUCUUUUGGGCUCCCUGACGCACUGCGCGCUGCACCAGGGUUCCACCUCCUGCAUGCCCAUCCCUCUAGAUGCUGGCUCCCACAUCGCCGAUCAUCUUAUUGUCAUUCUCAUUGGCUUCCCAGAACAGUCCAAGACGUCGGUGCUGCACAUGUGCUCUCUGUUCCACGCCUUCAUGUUUGCCCAGCUGUGGACCAUCUACUGCGAGCAGGCUGCUGCUGCUCCUUCAAUGCAGAACCAGAACCUGACAGAGUUCUCCUCCAGUGCCAUCCUCACCGGCCUGGAAUUCUGGAGUCGUGUUACACCCAGCAUCCUACAGCUCAUGGCCCACAAUAAAGUGAUGGUAGAGAUGGUGUGUCUUCAUGUCAUUAGUCUAAUGGAAGCCCUGCAGGAGUGCAACUCAACCAUCUUUGUCAAGCUAAUUCCUAUGUGGCUACCCAUGAUUCAGGCGAACCUUAAGCACCUAUCUGCUGGGCUGCAGCUGCGUCUCCAAGCCAUCCAGAACCGGGUGAACCAUCAGUGUCUGCAGGGCCAGACGCCCGGAGCUCCACCAUUCGCUCUGCGCAAGUGGCUGCAGUGCACCCAGUUCAAGAUGGCUCAGGUGGAGAUCCAGUCAUCUGAGGCUGCCUCACAGUUCUACCCUAUGUGACCUGC